UACUAGUUUUUGAUCUAUAUAGAUCAGGUUUCUGGUUUUGAAGGAGUUGGUCUUACUGUACAGUAUGUCUUCACCAGGUGCACUGGAUGAUUUGGACAUGCAGUCAAUGUUCAAGAAAUUAAAGGUGGAUUCCUCAGAACCUGGAACUUGUAAAAGAAGCUCCUCAAGUAGAAGAUCUAGUAAUGGCAACUACUUCAGUGUAAGACGCAAAUCAAAUAGCAGCCACUUGAAAGCUGUUCCUUGGAAAUGGACGAAACAUCGUCUAGAACCCUAUGUCACUACAUCUGGGACAUCACCACCUCUUUGGCAGCCAGAGUUGAUGGGAUCAACAAUUUGCCAGAACAAUGAUGAUCUUGCUCAGAGUGUAUCUUUCAAAUUUCCCACUAGUUUUCAGCCUUCUUUUUCCAGUUGUACUGGGAGUAUAUUCUCAAAGAAUAAGGGUGACGAAAAAGCUGUCUUUGGUCCUGUUUUGAAGCCUUCUAAGAAGGUUUUACCAGGUAAAAAAUUAGCAACUAUUCAAGAAGAGGUGUCAGAAACAGAUGCCACAGAUAGAACUUUAAUUAAGUCUAAUCUGAUCCAAAGGUUUAGCUCUUUUCAAGUGAAUCCAGACAGUACUUCCACACAGAGAAAGAACACCUUUUCCAAUGACCACCUGAAUACAAGGACUUUCACAGUAAAAGCAAAAUCCCCAUCAACAUCUAACUAUUUUGAUAGAUACCGUGAUCAAUCCUGUGCAUUUUCUUUGAAUCGCAAACGGUCUUCACCUGAAGAGAGCUACACUGCCUCAUUAUCCGAGUGCAGGCGGACUGAGUGCAGACAUAAGGCCUUCUCUGUUGCACGUGGCGAGGUUGCGUACACCUGUUCACAGGAAGCACUUCAGGUUCAUGUACCUGUUGAUGACACAAGUAUGGAGGAUCUUGCUGGCUACUUUGAGAAUAUGAUCUACAUCCCAAAGAAGAUGUCGCAAAUGGCGGAAAUGAUGUACACGUGACAAAGGCGCUGUGCAAAAAAACAAGUUAAGAAAUGUGUAAUAUACCGAAAAAUAAUGAAACCUAAUUGUAUGUGAUUGUAGUUGUACUAUAGAAGUGUGAAUGCAGGGUACAACAUUAAUUAAUUACUUUCUGAGGUUUAAAUGAUGUUUAUUUUAAGUGCAGAAUAUGUUCAGCUCAUGGUACUGUAUGAUGGUGUUAUCAAAUGCAGAAUUAGAUCUCCAUUCUUCACUUUACUAGGUUUACAGUAGUAGUUAGUUUUGAAUUUUAUGAUCCACAAAAGAAUGCAGGAUUUCUGCAAAACAGGAGAAGUUGUUCUGUAUUAUAAAAAUAAAACUAUUGAUUGUGGUACCUGAAACAAUUACCUUUAGUACUAAUAAAAUAUUCUUAAAUUGCCUUUGAAAUUUGUCUCCAUUUGAAGUGUUCAGAUAGAUGUUUGCAAGGUUCCUUUGUGGCAAUACAGUACAGAGGAAUUCUCUAUAUAUUUCUAAGAUUAAUAAUAUCACCACUCCAUACAGUAUUUACAAUAAUUUGCAUCCAAUGUUAUCUUUGAAAUAAACUGAUUUUAAUCAAUAUUAUUAAACAAUUAAUGUCCAACCUUGUAGACUAAAGCCGCCAUAGAAAAGUAACUGAUUUUGAAAAAUAAAUGAAAUUCUUUGUAAUUGAUUGUUUUCAGAUUUCUGCCUAUCUGCAAAAUUUACUGUUACUCCCUGCUUUAAUUCUUAUGUAUUUAUAAUAAAUUUGUGUAGAAGUUCUCCAUGUACUAAAUAAUGAUAAAAUCAUAGGUAAAAAUAUAAAUAUUUGUAUCUGAAGAAAGAAUUUAUUUGUGAGAGUGUUUAAUACUAAACUGUAUAAGAAUAUGAGGUAUUUAUGUAAAGUAAUGUACAGUAUAUACUUUAUAUGAAAUUAGUUGAUUCAAUUUAAACUGGUAGCUAAAGGAUGUGCAACUACUGUAGAAUAGAAUCUGUUUUGUUAAUUGUUGAUGAUAUAACUAUCAACUGACUUAAUAUUGUAUACAAUCCUAUUUUGAUAGAUUACAGUAGGUGUCUUGGUUACUGCAUAAUAUUAGGCCUAAAAAAAUGUUAUGUUGGCUUAACCCGACCGACCCUAAAAAAUCAGCCGACCCUAGACAUUUUUACAGUAUAAUUUCACUAUACAAGUUGGGCGUCACGCAAAAUGUUUCAAAAGUGAUCCAAGGACAAAAAACAGGGGCUUUAAAAGGCUUAUUUAAUUAUUUUUAUAGACUUCAAGGUGUUAAAUGAAAAAGUAUUGAAAUAAAAGUAGGCGAUUCCCGCAAAAGAGAAAAAAAAGACUUCAAGAUCUUGCUGAAUAUUGUGGCAGUAUAAAAAUUUCCUACCUACCUACCCUAUUUUUUGAGGCCCAUUAUGUCAACAUUGCAUUUUUUUAGGCCUUACUGUACUAGGUUAAUGUUAAAUUACUUGAUGGUUAAUAAAGAUAAAGACAGAGAAAUGUGGCUCCAGGUUGUAAAAAGAAAUAUUAGUUUCUUGCAUGUGUCAAUUUUGAAAUAAAAAAUUCACAAUUAGUUUGACUAAUAUUUUUAAAAAAAUACCAAAAUGUGCUAUGGAUUUUUGCAUUAGUCACUGGAAAACUGUAGCAUAUUUCUCUCCAGCUUAGUUUAGAUUAAAAUUAUUUUACUGUCACAACAAAAAAAUAUAUUAGGAUGAAACACUUAAUUAGUUGUUUUCAUUGCAGAUAACAAAACAAUAGUAAUUUAAUGUUAAUAGACUAGCAAUUGUAAUUCAGAAUAAUUUAAGUGCAUCAAUUUCAUUUUUCUUUUUGUUUUUGCUCACCAGCAGCUGAGCCUCACAAUUUGUUUAAAAAAAAAUUAUAAAAAUAUAUGAAGAGGUUUUUGUUAGCAUUAUUAAAGAAAUGUGGGAUUGUCUUCUAAAUGUUAUGUUUUGAAUGAUUUACAAAUUGUCCAGUUUUGUAACUUGUGUCCUUUUGUAUAAUUAUGAUUUUGGUGCAAUCACGAUUUUUUUUUUUUUUUUUUUCGUUUUUGCAUUUUGCAUUUGUACUGAUACUUACUCUUUACUUAUUUUUUUUUUUUUUUCAGUGAAUCUAUAAUGUUUAGCAAUUUUGAGAUCAUUAGUAGAUCAUACAAGUUAAGUACUGUGGCAUAUCUAAAGCUUGGUUGCCAUACAAUCACUAAAAGCUUCGCUGACAACUUUUGGUGAUGCUGAUUGUCCGGUCGAAUCAGUGAUCCUUCUCAAUUGCAUCAGGGACUGCUACGCAGUACGAUUGCACUGAAAACACUGUAGGGAGCACCCUGAACAAUUUUGUUCCCCUUUUGUUCCCCCUCCAGGAUCAUUCAUCCUAGAAGUUCCACCACUUAAUCCUUUCAGAGCAAAGAAAUUACACUUUGUUGAUAAAAUUCACCUAAUUCUCCUAGCUGGUGCCCCUUCCCACUUUCCCUACCCUCUCAUUAACCCUAUAUUAAUACCUCCAUACCAUAUGCCACUAGUUAUGUACACUGUCAAUACUAGGCUGCUAUUCUAUAAUAUUUAUUUGGUUGCUAAUAAUAUUCUACUAUUUUUUUGAAUGACUGUAAACUCUUUAUCUAUUAAAUGUUGCCUUACUAAACAAUAAUUCAUGUAGCAAAUAGAUUAACGACAUUAGAAUAAAAGUAAAAAUUCUAUAAAAAUCUAUAAUUUUUUUUCACUGAACUCUAAUAAUUACUUGGUGUAGGUAGCUGCUUUUCUUUGUAGAGUAAGUGGCACAAUUUCUAACAUUACAAGUGAGACAUUUGUGUUUUCCCCCCAUGAUUUGAACAUACUUUUGCCUCCUAUUUGGAAGUUGUAUGUACCAUAGUAUUAUGUGAAUUUUUCCGAUUGUUAUUUAUUGUUAAAGAUAGAGAACGAAAUAAAUUUAAUAUACCUGUAA